AUGUUGCGAGUCCUCCUCUUGGUCCUGUCUCUGGUGUGCUGCGGAGCUGCCGCGCCCAGCGCGCUCGGGGUACGGACCAGAGGUGGUGGCCGAAUAAUCGGGGGAACCCCCGCCGACAUCGCCAACUACCCGUGGAUGGCCUCCUUCCAGAGAGUGGGUUGGCACUACUGCGGGGCUUCCAUUAUGAGCAGUAACUGGGUGCUGACAGCUGUCCACUGCCUGCAGGGGCUGAACAUCGCCAUAAUUUCUGUCAGAGCAGGCACGUCGAUCCGCGAGAGCGGUGGUGUCGUCCUCAUGGCUUCGAGCGGUGCUGUGCACGAAUCCUUCUCCAUGUUAACAGCCGACUAUGAUAUUGGAGUUAUACGGGUUGAUGGAUCUUUCCCGAUCGGCAAUAACGAGGAUAUCGUUGACCUCCCGGCUCAAGGCUACGACCCACCGGGAGGCCUCGCAGUCACCUAA